AUGUACAAGGAUAAUGGGAAAGGUGGGCUGGGUAGAGCUCGAGGUAUUGGAUACAUUAGACUCAAGGAUAAUUCCGUCAGACUCAAGGCUAGCCCGUCAUGUAGAUUUUCACGGUUAGAUAUCUGUUACAAGAGAAUUUAUCCGAAUAUAAUUUAUCUAACUGAUAACGUUUCUCUUCCAUUGCAGGUACUUGUUUCGUUGAUAGCGGCCGCAGCCGCCGGCUCCCUGCAGAUAUACGGGGUCCCGUCACACUCUGGGUCAGGUCACUCCUCAGGUGGAACAGGCUUCUCCAGCAGUGCUGGCUUCUCUGGUGGCUUUGUAUCCAACGGAGGUGACUCUGGAUUCUCUGGUAGCGCUGGGUUCUCUGAUAACGCUGGAUUUUCUGGCGAAUCUGGGUUCUCUGGUAGCGCAGGGUCCUCUGGUAGCACAGGGUUCUCUGGUGACGCUGGAUUUUCUAGCGGAUCUGGGUUCUCUGGUGACGCUGGAUUUUCUAGCGGAUCUGGGUUCUCUGGUAGCGCAGGGUCCUCUGGUAGCACAGGGUUCUCUGGUGACGCUGGAUUUUCUAGCGGAUCUGGGUUCUCUGGUAGCGCAGGGUCCUCUGGUAGCACAGGGUUCUCUGGUGACGCUGGAUUUUCUAGCGGAUCUGGGUUCUCUGGUAGCACACGGUUCUCUGGUGGGGAAGGACUCUCUGGUGGGGCAGGACUCUCUGGUGGGGCAGAACUCUCUGGAGGCGCUGAAUUUAACGGAGGUGGCUGUGCAGAUGGACAGAUACGUCAUGUGGACGGAAGUUGUGUGACUCCACAAGUCACCAGAAACUUGUUCGUGUACACUGCUCCACCAGUUGCCCCAAUUGUAGGUCCACGACCAAAUGUUCCUCCACCAAGGGUUGAACACAACGUUAUAUUCAUCCGCACCUCAGAAGCCGGACCAGGUCAAGAACCCAUUAUUGUACCACCACCACAAACGAAAAAUGUUGUGUACGUCCUCAACAAGCGGCCUGAACUGGACCAACAGGUCGUACACGUACCAGCACCUGAGCAACAAACUCCUCAAGUGUACUUCGUCAACUAUGCUGAAGGUGAUAACCCAACUUUGCCCACAGGAGAGGACCUCCAGUCCGCCCUCAGCUCCGCCGCUCAUGGUGGCGGCGAGGUUAUCGGUACCAGUGGUGAUAUUGGAGGAGACGUUGGUAUCAGCACUGGAGGCGGCAUUGGAGGUGGUAUUGAAGACGACAUUGGAGGCGGCACUGGAGUUGGAAUUGGCACUAUUGGAGGCAGUAUUGGAGGCAGCAUUGGAGGCAGUAUUGGAGGGGGUAACGGUCAGGUCAACGGCUUCAGUGUGUCCACACCGUCUAAACUGUAUGGCACACCGUAAAGUCAGAAAACAUUGUUUUUUUUCCAUAUUC